ACUCAGAUCUAAACACGCCUCGCUCAAAUAUGGCUGCCCCCUUCUGUUGUUGUGUGUGGGGAAAGGUCCGUAAAUAAUACAACGAAGAAGUCUUAAAAACGAACGGCACAUUUCCAGAUGCGCUUGGUGGUUUCACGUAGAUGAUUCCAUCCUCAUGCAAGUGGCCGUGGAAUUUCAACUUUUGUGGAAAGUGCGGUAGCGAGCAUUUGAAGGAUGUCAAAGACAACAAAGAUAAAGCAUGUCACUAAAGAGGUGCUGGAAGAAUAUGUGCUCCCGAAUGAACAUCAGCAAAUAGUUCGGAUUCUCUCUGGGCGGGGUAACAACCUUCACGAGGUUGAAAGUUCGUCUGGCGAGACUUUUCUUGUGAGCAUGCCGACAAAAUUCAGAAAAAAUAUCUGGGUAAAAAGAGGCGACUUUGUCAUCGUGGAUCCCAUUGAAGAAGGUGACAGGGUGAAGGCCGAGAUCACUCGUAUACUGUACAGGGACCAGAUCAAGUACAUUAAAGAAGAGGGAAAAUGGCCGAAAGGUUUCGAGGAACAGAACAGCGAAGACAUUGAUGUCAAGAGCAGCAGUUCAGAAGACGAAGAGAGUGAACUCUUUGUCAAUACAAAUAGACCAAAUGUUGUAUAUGAAGAAAGUGAAUCUUCUGAAGACACAGAAUAAGGACUGUUGCUCUAUUUA